UGUUCUUUCGCAUGUGAUGCAUCUCACAAUGGUCCGGUUGUAGUAUAAUGCGAGAGCUCGCGAAACAUCGUCGUUGUCAACGCGAACUGAGGCUGUACCGAAUCUAGUUCAGUGAGUGCUUUUGUUUAUUAUUGCGUUCUUCUCGUCGCGUGUACGCGGUGAUAAAUUGUUUUAUGUACGAGCGGUCAUGAACAUGAUUAUGAUGACAUUUAAAUUUCAGUUUUAUCGCGAUAUCGCAACCGUUCGGAUGCAUUCAAUACUUUUCCAACGGUUUUUCGUGGCUUAGUAAAAGUGAUAUGCUCAUAUUCUGAUAAGGUUAUUUAGAACUUCUACUCGCGUGAGAAGAAAAAUAAGUCUGCUGGAGUUCGAGGGAUAUUUCAGACUUCUGCAGCAAAAUCAAACAACGAAUAUCUACGGUGAAGGAUCUUAAAUAUGUGCUGUGGUGAUAGAUGGAGGAAGUGAUAAAUUUGCCGUCGGGGUGUGAUCAUUCUAGAAAUAAACUUUACGUGUAACUCUGUGAUUCGAAAUUGCACAAAUUAAAAAAAAAAGUAUAGUUCUUCAAAACUGUUCAUGAUGCAAUUAAGGUGAUUUAUGAAAUGUAACAAUAUAACAUUCUCAAAAAACAACCCAUCGAAAGCAAUUUACCAGUUGAAUCUUCAACUUUGAGUGUUGAAAAGUAAAAAAUGAAUCUAGACUCCUUGCCGCGGCCUGAAACGAUUCACGUGACAGCUCCAGGGGCUACUACUCGCCCUCCACAAAACAUGCCACAGAGAUCGCCUUUCGCAAUCCAGGAGUUGCUGGGGUUGAGCGACAGCUCCAGGGCCAGCGGUGUUGUAUCAGCUGUUACACCAUCACUGUAUCCCAGUGUUGGACAGACUCCGUUCUCGGCGGAUCCCCAUCAGAUGCAGAUGGCUGCUUCACGAAUGGCUUAUUUCAAUGCACAUGCAGCCGUUGCUGCAGCCUUUCUACCCCAUAACAUGGCUGCCACCGCUGCCGGAGGUUCGCUGCAGUUACAUCCUCAAUCCACUGCUGGAUUUCCUCAUUUGAAAUCUACAUUUGGAUCAUCCACUGGCGCUUGUCUCCCAGGUGGUGUGGACUCUAGUAAAGAUUUUUCGAUGGAGAACAUCAAUGGAUACGGAAAGAAGAAGAAAAAGAAACGAAGACAUAGCCGGACUAUAUUCACAAGUUACCAGCUAGAUGAGCUAGAAAAGGCGUUCAAAGAAGCCCAUUAUCCGGACGUGUACGCCCGAGAAAUGCUUUCGCUGAAAACGGAUCUUCCAGAGGAUAGAAUACAGGUGUGGUUUCAAAAUCGGCGAGCCAAGUGGCGUAAGACUGAAAAGUGCUGGGGCCGUAGCACCAUAAUGGCCGAGUACGGACUGUACGGUGCUAUGGUCAGGCACUCGCUCCCACUACCGGAUACCAUCCUUAAGUCCGCCAAGGAGAACGAAUCCGUUGCACCAUGGCUUCUAGGUAUGGAGAUGAAAAGCAUGCACAAGAAAUCUCUAGAGGCAGCAGAAACACUAAAGAACUCUGAGGACAACAGUGAUCGAGAGGAAACUCGAACGGAGGCCAGUGAUAUCAGCGCGAGUUCAAGUUUGAACAACCGUGGCACAUCACCCAUAAAAUCACCUGGAAUAAAUCCACCUGGGAGCACUAACAACGGUUGCACCAACAAUAGCAGCAAUUUAUGUCCAAGCUCUAGCGUUAAUAGUGUUCACAACACACAUCAUAGUGCAAAUCCUUCAACCAGUGCGUUGUCUCAUCUUUCUCCCGCGUCAGCUCAUUCACCCAUUAACAGUUCUUCAACGACAUCGAUAACACCACCACCGAGACAUAGAACCUCUCCCCUAGUCACGUUAUCUACCGGGCAACCCCAACCAGGUUCACUGGGCCCUUCACAUCAUCACCACCAUCAUCACACAGCGCACCAUCAUAGUCCCGUCGACAGUAAGGAGUUCAAACUGGCGAGCACCAGUCCAUCCGGAAGUAGUUACCACCACGAUAACGACCCCGAAGCGUUUAGGUGGGUUGACUACCGAGAUCCUGUUUCGUAUAUACGGAAUAACUCAAUAGCAUGCCUUCGCGCUAAAGCCCAGGAGCAUCAAGCUCGUUUGCUGAACAGUGGACUUCUACUGCAGGUUCGUUCUCUUGCUGGUCUACAAAAUCCAAUGCACCACAGCUCAACAAGCGCAAGUGGAAACAUGUCUUCACCUCAACCUUGUGAUACUAAUGGGAAUACACUACUGUUGACGAACUCAUCCCAGCAUUCAUUAUCGCAGGAAAACAUCAAUCUGGCCGCAAUCGAUCGUCAGCGAUCUGAAGCCAACAGUAGCAACGGAUCGGCGAUAUCUAUAAAAUGCAGGAGCAACAGUCCCAAUGUGGCGACGUUUUGACAUUAGAACUAGGAGUAGAUGAAUUAUUUUCCUCUCACGUAGCGCCACAGAAAUAAUGAUUGUUCAAUUAGCCUGCAACUUAAUUUCAUGUGAACAUUUUCAAAUUUGAAAUGCUGUAAAUAGUAUAGUUUUUUUUUUUGUAUUGCAGUCAUGUGGCGCUCAACAUGAAGCAUAAAGUUCAUUGGCCAGUUCCAAUUUCCGAUACUAAUAACGAGUGUACAAUACAUAACUUUUUUAGUUCAAAUCCAGUUUUCUUUUGAAAUUGUCAAUACAAAAUUUAAAAGUGCAAUGUCUCGAACAUAGGAUUUUAAAAACAAAAUAAUCUUAGAACUGUAUAUAUUAUUUUAAUUUUUACAUGUAUAAUAUGCGAGCCUAAAUAUUUCGACUUGAUGAAACUCUUUAAAAUAAAACAAUACGUAAGCGUAACCCCAAACAAAUGCUCAACACUUUAAUCAUGUUCCAUUAGGAGUUUUUCAAAAAUAAGUUUGUUUUGAUUCCAACCACAUCGGCACUAAAGAUCACAAGAUAAAACUUGUCUUGUAAAUUGAACAACGAGAACAUUGGAAACGAAUAUCAGAGUGGAAUAUCACAUCUGCUUCGUUAUGUGUAGCUGUUAUCUUCUCACAGCGAAUAAGAAAAUACAUACAUAUAACGUAGAAAUAUUGCCGCGAAUUUGGAUAGCAAGUUUUGAGGGGCAACAAAACAUGAACUGUGGUAGUACUCAAAAAUAUUCAAUACUUGGAAGAGUGUGUGACGAAUGUACGAGACGAUGAUUAUAAUAGAAUAAAUGAUGUCAUUACCCUAUUGUAAUAAUUUAUAACAACUACAUACAUGAUUAAUAUAAUAACUUAACAAGU